AUGAAGCUCUCCACAGCCCUUCUGUGCCUGCUGAUUGCAGCAUCUGCCUUCAGCCCCCAGGUACUUCCUGCACCAGAUAUUGUCCCAAUCACUUGCUGCUUUGCUGUGACAAGUAAGAAGAUCUCCCGUCAGCGACUGGAAAGCUACAGAAGAAUCACCAACAGCAAAUGUCCCCAGGCAGCUGUGAUCUUCAAGACCAAACUGGAUAAGGAGAUCUGUGCUGACCCUAAGCAGAAAUGGGUCCAGGACUUCAUGAAGCAUCUGAACCAAAAAAUCCUAACUCCAAAGCCAUAA